CAGAGUUUUAGGGAUUUGUCUAAGGAGCAGACUCAAAGCUGGAGCCCCCGCUCCUCCGCGCUUGCCGCCACCGCGGUAGCUGGGGCUCGGGGAGAGGACGAGCUGCCGCGGAGCCCGGAGAGUCCGUCUCGGUCGCUGUUUUUGCCUGAGGACCCUUCCUUCCUCGGUCGCACCCUGACUCCCUUGGUGUCGACGGGGAGUCCCUGAGGACACCUCAGCACGCAGUGGAGAUGCCUCUCUUUGCUACCAAUCCCUUCGAUCAGGAUGUCGAGAAAGCAACUGGUGAGAUGAAUACUGCUGAGGACUGGGGCCUUAUUUUGGAUAGCUGUGAUAAAGCCGGCCAACCUCAGUGGACACCAUGCAGACCUAAAGGUUGUCUACGGUCUAUUAUGAGGAGGGUGAACCAUAAAGAUCCUCAUGUUGCUGUGCAGGCUCUGACUUUUCUAGGAGUACGUGUACCAAAUUGUGGCAACAUGUUUCACUUAGAAGUACGUUCAAGAGAUUUUGCUAGUGAAGUAAGCAAUGGAUUAAACAAGUGUCACCUUGAAGUGUGGGAAAAAUUAAAGGCUCUUAUGGUUGAAUGGAUGGAUGAAUUUAAGAAUCAUCCAUAGCUUAGUCGACUCUCAGCAAUGGUUAAUAACCUUAAGGAACAAGGUGUUACGUUUCCAGCUAUUGGCUGUCAGGCUGCGGAACAAGCAAAAGCAAGCCCAGCUCUUGUAGCCAAAGAUCCUGGUACUGUGGCUAACAAAAAAGAAGAUCUAGCGAAAGCCAUUGAGUUGUCACUGAAGGAACAAAGGCAGCAGUCAACCACCCUUUCCAGUUUGUAUCCAAGCACAUCUAAUCUCUUAACUAACCACCAACACGAAGGCCGAAAAGUUCGUGCUCUAUACGACUUGGAAGCUGCUGAAGAUGAUGAACUUACUUUUAGAGUAGGAGAAAUUCGAAGCCCUGUUACAGUUCUUGAUGACAGUGACCCCAACUGGUGGAAAGGUGAAACCCAUCAAGGCCUGGGGUUAUUCCCCUCUAAUUUUGUGACUGCCGAUCUCCCUGCUGAACCAGAAAUGAUUAAAACGGAGAAGAUGGUACAAUUUAGUGAUGAUGUUCAGGUAGAAACGAUAGAACCAGAGCCAGAACAAGCCUACAUGGAUGAAGAUAAAAUGGACCAAUUGCUGCAGAUGUUGCAAAGUACGGAUCCCUUUGAUGAUCUGCCAGAGUUCCUUCAUCUUGAAGCCAUGUGUCACCAGAUGGGACCUCUCAUUGAUGAGAAGCUGGAAGAUAUUGAUAGAGAACAUUCAGAACUCUCAGAACUCAAUGUUAAAGUGAUGGAGGCCCUGUCCUUGUGCACCAAGUUAAGGAAUGAAGAUCCAAUGUAUUCCAUGGAUGCAAAAUUACAGAAUCAGCAGUAUUAUAUUCAGUCACCUGGUGUUUCUGGUCCUCAGGUGUACCCAGGCCCUCCUCAGCGUGGAGCUUACCCGGUCACAGGGAACGCACAGAUGGGCCAGCUCCAGAGCUACAGCCUUCCCCUGCAGCUGUCUUCUCUCAGCCAAGGAACAAUGCCACUGCCCGCGAGCCCAGCCCUUCCUAGUCAGCAGGCCCAGGCUUCCUACCUCAACACAACGGGCAGUUCUGUUCAAGGGAGCACGUAGCCCAGCCAGGCUUCAGUGGACAGUCCUCCUCCUGCUGCCGCUGCCGCCCCCGUCAUCAUGAUAUGCCAGAACGUGGGGACCAGCCUGUCCCAGGUGCCGAACUAUACUUUCUCAUCAGCGCUGCCCCAGCCCAGAGGCAGCUAUCAGCCACCUCCGCCCCAGCAGCCGUACUCGCAGAAGGCCCUGCUAUAGGACUGGGAUUCCUCUUUAUGGCAAGUAUCUGCUAAACGCUGAUGACAAUGUUAUGAGAUUCUUUGAUAUCUUAAGAUUUGUUUAUCCUCAGCUUAUAGGAAUCAUAUCUUGGUCAACAAGUUCCAAUAUUCAAGAAGGGAGACCUCUCUUCAAUUUGCACUGACUUUUUAGAGGCCCUCCCCUCCCCCUCCCCCAGAGGAAUGAAACUACUUACAACAUUUAAUUGCUUUCAACAUAUGAAAGAAUCAAUGCAAGAUUAUUUGUCUCGUAAAAUUACCUGGUCUGCAAAGCAGUCAGACUGGCAAGCACCAUUAUGGCAGAUGUUGUGUGCAUAGAUCGCUGUGUAACUUCUCUCGUGGCCACUUUGAAUCACAGUGGUGAUCAUGUGAAUAUAUUUAACACUGUUAACUUAAUUGACAUUGCUGCUUUAUUUUAAUCAUGAACAACUACCAUGUUUCAUAAUGUUUUGUGUAAAUUUAAGAUAAUUACACUGUCUCUUUAAA